UCAGUUCCACAAUACUCUGAAACGUUAGCACCAUUAGCAGGAAACAAUUGAAGCUAUCGGGGAGAGGAAAGUCUGUCUCUCGUCCUGCUCAGCUCCUUCGCUUGACUAUAGCUUGGUAUAAAAAUAUGAAUUGGCGGCGUGUUAAUAUUUUAAAAUGGCAGUACUUCGCAGAUUAUCUCCAGAGGUUUGAGCAUUUUAAUUGGCACGGACUGCUGACUUCUCUACAACUGUCAAUAUGGUCAACGUACACAAAGGUGUCCUUGUUGAAUGUGAUCCUGCCAUGAAACAGUUCCUCCUCUACCUGGACGAAAAAAUGGCCCUAGGAAAGAAGUUCAUCCUCAAGGACCUUGACGACACACACGUCUUUAUCCUGGCAGAGGUGGUUCAAACCCUGCAAGAGAGAGUUGGCGAGUUAAUGGACCAAAAUUCAUUCCCUAUCACACAGAAAUAACACUCAACUAUUUCAAUGAACUUUUUUCCUUGGGACUUAGGUUAGUUUAAGAGUUUGUCUUUAAACAAACAUGGUUUGCAAUGUUUUGACUGUAGACUGUAAUGGAGCAGUUGCUCAUUUUUUGUUAAAAUAAUGUAAAUUAAAAAAAUGUCAUUUUUUUAGUUCUUGCUAUCCAUUAAUUCUGUCCAUUGCGAAAGUUGUUGAGUAUAUUGAAUUGUUUGUGGGUUGGUUUAAAGUGCUGGCUUGAGUUGCCAUUUUUACAUCUGCGUAUGUUUUUUUUUUUAAUGGAGGGCUGAUGAAAGCAUAGAUGAUCAGAGAUCCAAAAUAAAGAGCUUUGAUGAGACAAA